AUGGCCGCGCCACAAUCAGCGUUUGCCCCCUUUCCAAAGGAGAAGACGUUCAGCUCCUAUAACAAGGACCAGGGCAAAGCCUAUGCCCAAGUUCGCCGCGAUUACCAUCCAAAGGUGUAUCAAGCCGUCGUCGACUACCACUCCUCAACUGGGGGUGGUUUUGACACAGUUCUUGAUGUCGGUUGCGGCCCUGGCCUUGCGGCUCGAGGGCUUGCACCUCAUUUUGCUCACGUCCUGGGUCUGGAUCCUUCCGAAGGCAUGCUCGCUAUCGCUCGCUCGAUGGGUAUCGUCUCGUCCACUUCUGAGCCUGCACGUUUUGAAAUUUCCACGGCGGAGGAACUCGGAGCAAACCUGUCUCCAGCUGUUGCAGACUCUAGCGUCGACCUCAUCACUGCCUCCAAUGCCGCUCACUGGUUCGACAUGUCGGGCUUCUGGCCCAGCGCUGCACGCGUCCUCAAGCCAGGAGGUACCGUUGCCAUAUGGACGAGUGGCAACAUUCGUGCUCAUCCGUCUAUGCCCAAUGCUGCUGCCAUCCAGGCCGCUUUCGAUGAUCAUCAAGAGCGUAACAUGAAGCCCUACCUUGAGCCAGGCUCGCUCCUGGUGCGAGACCGUUAUGUUGAUCUCCCUCUUCCGUGGACUCUGGCUCAACCCGUUGCCGAGUUUGACCAAACGACGUUCGUCCGGCAGGAGUGGGAUCCAAGUGAAGAGUUCUUUGUGGGACUACCUGAAGCAGAUAUGGACACGUUUGAGAAGAUGAUGGCGACAGGGAGUGCAGAGACGCGCUGGCGCCAGGCACACCCAGACGACGUUGGCACGGAGAGGGACGUGCUGAAAAUCCUUCGCCAGAAGAUUGAGCAGCUGUUGCACGAAGCAGGCGUGGAGAAAGGAAAUGAGAAGAUCAAGGCGGCCGUGUAUGGUGUGCUGUUGUUAGUCAAGAAGAAGACGGCGGUAUAG